UGCCACAAACUUCCAUUACUGAUGAAUGUCACACUUAUGUAAUCGUUAAUACAUCUUCACACACAAACUUGAACACAUGAGCGUCAUAACAUUAUUUAUUUUCAUCCCGCACAACACACUCUUCCUUACCAGUUUUGAGAUUCAUAAGUAAUUCUUUCCAUAUGUUAUGAAGAUUCCAUAUGUAGGUCUUGGUUCCUUAGAUAUACGUGGAUUCUCAUAUUAAAAGUACACAAGUGCAUUCCAGAUUGUCAUCCUUCAUGUUCAGGGACGCGCCAGAGUGCUGCUGAGGGCGAGGGAGUGUCUGCCUGUUCGUUCAAAGCAUCGAAGUUUUCCUCCUACGAUGGUGAUAAUUCCCUUUGCCGAGAAGUGAGUCUUUUUUCGUGUUUGUGUGUGUGUGUGUGUGUGUGUGUGUGUGUGUGUGGUGCGUAUGUGUGUUUUGUGUGUCACUGAGUCACUGAAUCAGCGGAGAUAUGAUGCAUAGAGAGGCAUAGGCUUUACGUGCCUUCCAUUCCUGUCUCCAGUAUCGUAGGUAACCCUCUUCCUUAGACAUGCUCGAGAGGUGGCUUGGGACGGUGAGGAGCAUGGGCGGCACCGGACCAGGCAGCAGGCAGGGGUUGUGUUUGCAGUGGAGUGGGCGGGGGUGCUUCUGGGGCUGCUGCCUUUGGGGUGGCGCGAGGCCCGCUGGUCGCUGCCCAGGAAGAUCGUUGCCCUCACCGCCUCGGGCAUCACAUUUGCCCUCAACUUCGCCUUCGUCUUUAUUUACUUGGGCAAGUUUAUCUUUAGUCUUUAUCUUCAUAAUAAUGUUUGUGUGUCUAGAAAAGAACAUCCACACACGCACUCAUAUAUUGUAAGCGCACAUUGAAAAGUGGAAAUUGACAUCGUCCUCUUUGCUUUCAGAAUUAUAUAUACAAGUGACUGCCGAGCAUAUGAACCUAAUGAUGUACAUCUUGUGUGUGCUCAUGUACGCAUUCCUCUUACUGUUGCCCUUCAUCAUGCUGCUGUUCCUGUGGGCAAAGUCUUCCAGCAUCACACGGCUCCUCGCUGUUAUCAGAGACGACAUGCUCGCUAGGAGGAAGUGCUCAUUGUAUCCGAUUUUGAUAUUUUUAUACGGUUUUGUUGAGUAUUUGACAUGCUCUUUUUAUCGAUAUCUAUGGUUCGGAGGUAUGCCAUAUACAUCUGCUGCCUAUAAGAUGGCAGUCUGGUACACAGUGCUCUCUCUGUCUUUCAUCUGCACCUUUCCCUUGUUGCUGGCGCUGACUGGCGGCUACGUUCUCAGCGCCGCUCUUAAACGCACCAACGACGAACUGCAGCAACUCAAGUCCCAGCCUCCAGUGGCUCCCAUGCAGCAGGCAUUUCGAGUACUCCGUGGUCGCUACGUCUGCCUGCGUCGCUUCCACCAGCAGAUGGCAGACCCCCUUUGCUUUCCAAUACUGAUCUGGUCCCUUGAGAAACUUCUUGUUAUAAUGUUCAAUGUUUUUUAUGUUAUCGAUAGCUAUAAGAAAACGGAUCUUUACAUGAACAUUUCGAUAAUCAGCUUGACUCUGGGAUAUAUGGUGUCCUUGUAUGUGUUUACCUCCUUUGCUGAUCAUAUCACACUUCAGGCCGCGGCGCCGCAAAGCAUCCUGCUUGAUGCAGACGUGGCCACCGAGCCUGAGAAGACUGAUCCUGACGUCGAGACGCAGGUGGCGAGACUCCUGAAGGUCUGCGAGAGGCCGCUAGUCAUCCGUCCCUGCGGCCUGUACACUGUGUCCCGCUCCAAUCUACUGGCGAUUCUCUUAACGGUCUCGACCUACGCGGUGGUGCUGCUGCAGUUCAACGCGGAGGACCUUGCAUCUGGAACACUGCCGUUGCCGGGAAACUGCAGCUGUCCUUAUCCUGAUGGUUCUCUGCAUUGAUGGACCCAUGGUCACUGCUUCCCUUCUGUGGCCGUCCUCCAUUUAAUAGUGACUUAUAGUUGU